UCCACUCUCUCCUCUCAGCGCUAUAUUAACAGACCGGCGCCGGAGCACACGGAAGCAGAAGAGAAGUUAACAGACCGAAACAAUCUUCAAGAACUACGAAAAGACAAUCUUUUGGACUCUAUUCAUUUCACUGAAGAACACUUGGACCUACAUCUUUACACUUAUAUCUGUACUUACUUGAAUCAAGCAUCAUGUCUCAGCAGCAAGUCAGCCUCCCAGCUAAGCUCAUUAAUGGAGGAAUUGCUGGAAUUGUUGGGGUUACUUGUGUCUUCCCCAUUGACUUGGCAAAGACCAGGUUGCAGAAUCAGAGACGAGGUCAGCAGGUCUACAAGAAUAUGAUGGACUGCCUUGUCAAGACAGUUCGAUCAGAGGGGUACUUUGGCAUGUACAGAGGUGCUGCAGUUAAUUUGACCCUGGUCACCCCUGAGAAGGCAAUCAAGCUGGCAGCUAAUGACUUCUUCAGGCAUCACCUCUCCAAGGAUGGAAAGGGGCUGACGGUGUUCAAAGAGAUGCUGGCAGGUUGUGGUGCAGGCAUGUGCCAGGUCAUUGUCACCACCCCAAUGGAAAUGCUCAAGAUACAGCUGCAAGAUGCCGGCAGACUUGCUGCCCAGCAUCAGAAACCCAUCAUGAUGUCUCCCACCAAGCUUGUGGCCACUAACACCGUGCUCAGUCGUUCCUACAACUCAGGCACAGUGGUGUCAGCACCACGAGCUGUAUCCGCCACACAGAUUGCAAAGGAGCUCCUCCACACAAAAGGCAUCCAGGGGCUCUACAAAGGGCUGGGGGCAACACUGAUGAGGGAUGUUCCCUUUUCUGUUGUCUACUUCCCGUUGUUUGCCAACCUGAACAACUUGGGCAAGCCCAGUCCUGAGGAGUCGUCACCCUUCUAUUGGGCUUUCCUCUCAGGCUGCGCUGCAGGUUCCACUGCUGCUGUGGCUGUUAACCCCUGUGAUGUGGUGAAGACCAGACUGCAAUCACUGAACAAAGGGUCCAGUGAGGAGACUUAUAAUGGAGUUGUGGAUUGCGUGAGUAAAAUAAUGCGGAAGGAGGGGCCCUCUGCAUUCCUGAAAGGUGCUGGCUGUCGAGCUCUUGUCAUCGCUCCCCUGUUCGGCAUCGCACAGGUUAUGUACUUUGCUGGUGUUGGAGAAUUCAUCCUGGACAACUCACCUCUGAACAUCCUGUCUGCGUGAGAGCACAUCAACUUGCUGGCUAUGCAUAGGACCUUCUGAGCGUAGAUAGUAGAACAACUGGCAGCUACAUACAUCAGUUUACAGAAAAAAAUCAAACAAGUCUUGUCUGACAGUCAGAAAGGCUUACGAAGACCUUUGAUUUCACCUUCUGUAGGUCUGACAGCUGUGUUGCACUAAAACACUUUGUGACUUAUUCAGUAGUGGAUAACCUACGUUUGCACUUGAAGCUGUUAGCCUUACUGGGCCGAGGGACUCAGAGUUGCAGUGUUAUUCUUUCUUUGUCCCUGAGCCCUGUUCUGUUUCCCUCUGUGAGGGAGGGGAGCUCACUCCAUCAAAGAGUCAGACCUGUUUUUUGUGUUUUCUUCCAUGCUAUCAUUUUUUAUAUUCUGUAUUUGUAUGCUAGUUUUAUUUUAAAAGCAGCAGCUUUAAAUACUUUGUAUGUUUUUUUUCCUUUUCCAUUAUUGUCUCAUGUUACAAAGCCUUCAAAUCAGAACAAGAUUCCAAAUGUUGGACACAUGGGGCCCAAGUAAGACAAUUCAUUCUAAAGGGAUCUAUUUUAUUUUAUUUUAUUUUAUUUCCACAUACAUUUUGAUCAAGUACUGUGAGUAUACAUGUUAAAUUUCAAUAAUCAUGAACCUUCCUACUGACAUGGGACCAUAUGGUUUGCCAAACCAUAAACUGUGUCCUGUCAUAUACUUGAUAGUAGCCCUACAGUUGUUCCUUAGUCUUUGAACUGCAGUGUUUGUAUCCUUUCUGCAAAAACUUGAGAUGCAUUCAUGCAUAUUAUAUAUAUAAAUGUAUGUUUGUCCACCUAACCUCAGUUUAGACAUUAACAAAUGCGUACCUGAACCUUGAAAGAGUUUUUUUGGUUUAUGCCUUAACAGAGCAGACUGACUUUUCUCUCUGAGGAAACACUUAGCCAAAAAAAGCAUUACUGUGAUUGAGCAUUUGAAAGAUGACUGUUACCAUAUUAUGUGUUUGUCAUGGCUUUUUGUACAUACCUUAUAUAUACAUAUUAAAAUUUGCAAUGAACUAA